AUGGUGGAAUCUGCGAGCGACCUGGUGAACUCAUGGCUGGGUUUAAUCGAACUUGGGCGUGGGAGUGCAGACAUAAGAGUGGAUGACUACAUUAGAAGCUUCACCUCUACUGUAAUUUCAAAGAUGAUGUUUGGAAGCCACCGUUCCAAAGGAGUUGAAUUGUUUCCGAAGUGUAGGGCCCUUAUGAAGGACUUGCAAACUCCGACAGUACUCAAAGGGAUUCCUUUCUUCAGAUAUUUACCAACCAAGGAAAAUCGGGACGUAUGGAGACUAGAGAAAGAGAUUUGCGCUUCACUUAUAGACAUAGUAAAGGAACAUCCUGAAGCUGCAUCUGAUAAAAUGGCACAGAUUAUCAUGGAGAGUGCUAAGACUGGUGAACUUGGGCCAUCCACACCCGACCAGUACAUAGUUGACAAUUGCAAGGAUGUGUACCUUGCUGGAUUUGAAGUGACUGCUGUGGCCACAUUAUGGGGUUUAGUUCUGUUGGCUUCAAAUCCUGAAUAGCAAGCUCGCCUCCGUGCUGAAGUUUGUGGAGGCCAUGUACCAGAUACCAAUAUGCCUGGCAAGAUGAAACUACUGAAGAUGGUGAUUCAAGAGGUGCUAAGGCUUUACCCAGGAGUUGCAUUUGUGUCAAGGCAGGCCUUGAAAGAUGUGAAGCUUGGUGAUACUUUGGUUCCAAAAGGUGUCAACAUUUGGAUCUGGAUACCAGCGCUUCACCAAGACCCUGAGUUGUG